ACAAAUUUGAAGUAAAGAUAUCAAAGUUACAUGACUGUGUGGAAAUUUUGUGUAGCUCAUCCGUCACCAGGCAGUGACAGAGGCUCCUAGAUCUUCUAUCAGCUUCUACAAGGCAGCAGUGUGUGGAUCUUGGACAGACGACAUCCGUUUUCUCUGUGCACCUUACAUUACAGAGUCAUGAUUACUCCUGAAGAGCGUAGUUUGAACGGGCAAAAAGUCCAUUCUACCUCCAAGAAGGAUGCUUUGCUGAAGGGAGAUCUAGGGAGCGUGGGACUACUAAUGUUCCUGUACAUGCUGCAAGGUAUACCCUUGGGUCUGGCAAGUGCGGUGCCGAUGAUCCUGCAGAGUAAAGGCGCCAGUUACAAUGAUCAGGCUAUGUACAGCAUCACUACUUGGCCUUUCAGCAUGAAACUCCUUUGGGCUCCGAUCGUCGAUUCGGUCUACUCGAAGAGAUUCGGCCGCCGGAAGUCAUGGCUGGUUCCUAUCCAGUUCUUGAUCGGGGUGUUCAUGUUGGGUCUCUCGUCCUACGCUGACGCCUGGUUAGACGAUCCUGCAGGACCUCGAGUGGUCAUUCUCACAGUGUUCUUCUUCGUGCUCAAGACCUUGACGGCCACCCAGGAUGUGGUAGUUGACGGUUGGGCGCUUACCAUGCUCAGCAGAGAGAAUAUCGGGUACGCAGCUAUCUGCAACAGCAUGGGUCAAACAGCAGGUUUUAUCUUGAGCUUCUACGUCUUCAUCGCUCUGGAGUCUGCAGACUUCUGCAACGCAUACUUGCGGUCUGAGCCUCUGCCUUACGGUGUUGUCACUCUCUCCAGUUUCUUGCAUUACUUCGGAUGGGUGUUCCUGGCAACAACCACACUUGUUUGGAUACUGAAGAAGGAACGUGCACCACCACCAGACGAAGAACCUGUCCUGGGCAUCCUGGAGACAUACAAACAACUAGUUCGGAUAAUGAGACUUCCUGCGGUCCAGAAAUUUGCAAUUUUCAUGCUAACUAUGAGUAUCAGUUUCAGUGCCUGUGAUUCCAUCUCUUGGCUCAAGCUGUUGAGAGUGGGGUUAGCUCGGGAAAAGUUUGCGUUAGUCACAACGGUCAUCAUCCCGGUGAAACUCUCGCUUCUUCUUAUCUUCAGCAAGCGCUUGACGGGCGAAGAACCGAUGAAUACGUUCAUGAAGAUCUACCGAUUCAGAAUGGUAAUCAGUUUGUUCGCGCCUGUCUACAUAUGGGCUUCUCCAUUCAUGAUACGGACGAACGAGAUUCCUCUCUACUUCUAUGCUCUACUGAUAUUGAUCUACGGAAGUAUACAUGUGUCACAAUAUUCCAUGUUUGCGGCCAAGUCUGCGUUCUUCGCUCGUUCCAGUGAUCCUGCGGUGGGCGGCACCUACAUGACUCUCAUGAACACUCUCAACAUUGUGGGGUAUUCCUGGCCGAACUCUCUGGUGCUUCUGUUGGUGGACCCUCUCACAUUCAAGAGUUGUUCCACAGACAGCGAAAAUACUUGUGCUACCAAAGAAUUAGCCGAGGAAUGUGCAGGGGAAUGUUUGACUCAUGUUGAUGGCUACUACGUGCUAAUAGCAGCUUGUACGGUGUUCGGUCUUCUGUGGUUGAGAUGGGCACUCCCCACAAUCCGGGAACUCCAGAAGAAAGAUCCUCAAGAGUGGAAAGUGAAGAAACGACAACAGGAGAAGUUAGAACAAUCUGAUUCUAGGAGAACAACAAACAAAACUGUAACACAAAAAUUACUGAAUGGAGCAUAAAUAGUUUCAAAUAAUUUUGGCUGUGAUUAAACAAAAUAAGUUAAUGAG